AUGAGAACGAGGAAUCGACUGUCUGGAAUCCACUUCGCACCAAUAAUGCUCAUAACGAAAUCCCUCAAUUUGGUCUGUUUUCUUAGCAUUUUUGGGUCUGUGCACUCCGUCUCGUCGACAACGGAUAUCUCGUCCUCAACAUUGGUGUCAAGCCCUCCGUCUCCUGCAACUUCCUCGAAGCCAGCAACAACACCCACAAAUCGACCAACCUUUCCACCCGUUGGUUCAGUCCCUAGAGAUUACUCAGCUGCCGGCUUAGAGAAAAUAUGGGACUUGGUCGGAUGCCCCGUGUCCCCACCCCCACUCACAACGACCCGCAUCCCACAGACACCUAUCCCCGUGCCCACACCACCUGCCCUAUAUCCCGAGUGGUUCUCACCCCGGCCAGCUAACCUGCUGCCCAACCUCAAGUUUCCUGAGGGAUUUGUGUUUGGCGUGGCGACGGCUGCGUUCCAAGUCGAAGGGGCGGCGAAAGCGGAUGGGAAGGGCCCGAGUAUAUGGGAUUGGAACAGUCGACAGCCUGGGGGUGUGCCGGAUGGGUCGACCGGUGAUGUUGUGGAUUUGCAGUACUACUUGUACAAGGAAGACGUCGAACGCGUGGCUGCGCUGGGCGUCAACGCACACUCGUUCUCGGUAUCCUGGGCGCGGAUCUUCCCCUUCGGCACUGCCGACUCUCCUCUAAAUCAAGCUGGCCUCGACCAUUACUCUGAUGUGAUCGACUACCACCUUCAGGCAGGCGUUGAACCGAUCGUGACAUUAUUCCAUUGGGACACCCCACUCGCGCUGCACGCGUAUUACGGCGGGUUCAUGGCACCCGAGAGCGUAGACGACUUCGUACACUACUCAAAGACUGUGUUUAAAGCAUACAACGGCCGUGUCAAGACCUGGUUCACGUUCAACGAACCACGAGGGUUCUGUGGUUUCUUCGGGAGUAAUCAGUUCACGUUCGGUGCCAUUCUGCCACCACCACUUAACGUGUCUUCGGCGCCGUUCUAUUGUAUCUACAACAUCCUUCGAGCACAUGCUGGCGCCGUCAAAGCAUUCCGAGAGAUGGGAAUCGAAGGCGAGAUCUCGUUCAAGAGCGAGAACUUCAUUGGGCCUCCUUGGAGAACAAACAGCACCGAAGACACUGAGGCCUCUGAGCGGCGCACUACAUUCCAGAUUGGUAUCUUCGCAGACCCCGUGUUCAAGACCGGCGACUGGCCGAAGAUACUGACGGACACCCUGCCGCCUGAGUAUCUACCCCGACUGACGGAGGAAGAGAAGAAGGAUAUUCUCGGCUCCGCCGACUUCUUCGCCAUCGACGCCUACCGCGUACAACCCGUGCGUGCGCCACCCGACGGUCUCGCCGCCUGCGUCUCCAACUCGUCGCACCCCAACUGGCCGGUCUGUAACAUCGCGGUGCAGUUCAACUCCACGACGGGCUGGAGCGUCGGCCCUGCAGCGGAUUGGCUCGUGAAUGGCGCCCCGGGGUCGAUCCAGUCGACGCCUACGCUGAUGAGGCCGUUCUUUAGGGAGCUACAGAGGAGGUGGCCUACGAAUAAGAUGUAUAUUUCAGAAUUUGGGUUCAUAGAGCCGUUCGAGCAGCUGAGGACGGAGGUCUUCCGUAUUGCAGAGGAUGUAACGCGAACCAAUUAUUAUAUGACGUACGUUGGCGAGGUUCUGAAAGCCAUCCAUGAAGACAAAUUGCCGAUAAAAGGUCUCAUUGCGUGGGCGAUGCUCGACAACGCGGAAUGGAAUUCGGGACUCACUGCGAGGUUCGGCAUCCAGCACGUUAACUACACGACUCUCGAAAGGACGUUCAAACGAUCCGCGCUGUCCCUAUCGGAAUUCUUCAAGGCGCAUCUUUGA